AUGGCUCCGGGAUCAAAGCUUGACUCUUGCAAACGCACCUCCUUCUCCACAUUUGCCUUUUGGGUGCUCAUCUGGCUUACCUGCUUAUUUCUGGAGAAGGUCCAGUGUACGUUCGAUCCGGACCCUGCCCAGGCAUGGCUUAUGCCGGCUAAGAUGCGAGAAUUGGAGUCCGCUCACGACCUCUUUGAUUUGGUCGACACUAGUCCAUGGCCGGAAUCUGCUACCAGUCCCCGUGGCAUCGGUCCGCGUCCGCCGCCCGGAUCGGACCCCCAUCAUGAUGAUCAUCUGGUUUCUGACACUAGUUCAUGGACGGAAUCUGCUCCCGUUAUCCAUGGUAUCAAUAUGCAUCCGCCAACUGGAUCGGGUUAUUUUGACGAUAUUCUUCAUACCGCCAAUUGGCCAAGGCCUGAAUCUCAUCCCAUUCCUCAUGGUAUUGAUCCGCGUCCACUUCCCGCAUCGGACUCCCAUCAUGAUGAAUUUUACUCGUUUGGGAAAAUAGUUGAUGACGGUCUUUUCGUUUUGGAAAAUAGUUUAUGGCCGGAGUCUGCUCCCAUUCUUUCUGAUACCAAUACACAUCUGCCAACUAAAUUGGAUGAUCUUCACAAUAUUCUUCCUCACUUCGCCAAUAGUCCAACGCCUGAAUCUCAACCCAUUCUCAGUACCACCAAUACACAUCCAUCGCCGGCUCAACGAAAGCGGGAAAACGACCUAGACGAAGCCGAAGCCACCAUGAGAAAAAAGAUGAAAGCCUCAAGUGAUACUACUGAUCUUCCAUACGAAAUCAUCAAUUCUGAGCGGCCAGUGGAAAGCGAAAUAGAAGUGGUCUAUGAAGCAAUCCGAAGUUUGGAACUAAUCAACGGGAACAAACUUAUUGGUAACGAACAGGAAGGCGAAUACAAGAUGCUUAAGAUACCGGAGGAUCAAAUCAGCACGUUCCUCGUAGACCUGGUGCACAAAAGAGGAACCACAGAUGUCUUUCAGCAAUCUCGAAUCAGCAAGCCCAGGCCAGUAGACCAAGCGACUAUAGUUUUUGCUAGAAAACAAGAAAAAAGAAGGCUGAAAGCUUUGAAAAAAGUUACUUUCAAAGACUCCGUGCCAGAAUUCCGGUCACGCUACAUUGAUUGUGUCAUGCCGGAGUUCGAAAAUUCCAUGAAGGAGGCUAGAUCUCAAGCGAUAAAAAGAAAUUUUUCCUCACGACUAUUAAAAGAGUUGGACCACAUUCUGAAUGUACUACCUCUCUACCUAUUCCAUGUAUAUUUGAUCAACACAGUCAUUCCAGUCCAAGGGAUGGGGAAAAAAGGUGUACCUGCAUUGAAAUCACAAAGGCAAGAAGCUGGGGAAAAGUUUUUCAAUCAGAGUGAACUUAUCUAA